AUGUAUAUCAAGGGGGCACUUCAGGUUCAUAAUCCUAAACGAGAAGGUUAUGGUCUUAUAGUCCCCCGGACUCAACUUGGACGCGCUGUAUGCAUCAUCUAUGCUCUGAUGGGAAUCCCCAUUAACAUAAUCUUUAUGGCUGGCAUCGGUCGAGUACUCGCCCGUUUAAUCGAUCGGACCUACUGUCUAUAUUUGAGGGCUUUUCGCCUCUGCCCUUGUUCUAAACCCAAACCAAAGCACGAACGUCAGAAAAAAGAAAACUGCGCAGGUAAAACCCGCCAACGCAGACAGAGCAUGCGCAGCAAUCAGGUAUCGGGUGAGGGCGCUGCACUGCCUGACUCUGGGCACGCUAAACAUACGCAGAAGUGUGAUAUGAUUCAGGAGGCAUACGACAGAGUCACCAGGUCAUCAGUGUUUCAUGUGAUGUAUUCUGAUUGGUCGAAGAAGCAGCCAGAGACUAGUUUCACGGGACCCAGUCUCCCCGAAGUUCAUGUGUCGGGUCAAAUAGGCCUAUCUGGGGAAGCAAAGUCCUGUCAGGAUGCCGAUAAGACUAGCAGAUCUGAAUCUGUUGAAGAUAAGGAUAUGGAUGAAGAGAAAAGUGGAAGACCUCUAGCACCAGUUUGGUUCAUAAUCCUUUUUGUUUCGGUUUGUGCCACCAUAUUUGAUAUAAUAAUAUGGAACUCUGACGUCUUGGAAGACAAUUGGACCCUUAUUGAUCUUAUGUAUUUCAAAUUUAUCACAUAUUCUACGAUCGGUUUUGGCGAUCUCUAUAUCAAUCCACCGAAAAAGGCUCUUCAUGGACUAUCUGUUUGCGUUGAUAUAGUUACUAUUGUGCUUGGGAUGUCUUUCCUGUCUAUGGUUAUAAACAUCAUUACGUCCUCUGACCGGUUGAACCAAUCUCUUAAUUUUGUCACGUGCCUGUUACAUACAAUGUGGCAGUCUAUUUCAAAUGUGUUAUGCAGGAGAGAUCGCACAUAAACAAUGCACUCUAGCCAAUUUCCAAAGUAUAGACCAUAAACAUAAUGUACAUACAUUUAUUUCAUUGUCAUAUCUACAACUACUUCC